AUGGAAUAGCACAAACAUAUUUUGAAUGAACAAGAUGAUCAUCUUAAUGAAAUAGCCGAUAUUGCAAAUAGGUUACACAAUGCUGCUGUAAACAUUAAUGUUGAAAUUGAUCAUCAAGGAAAAUAGAUUACCUAAUUAGAUGUAGAAAUGGAUAAAACAUAAAAGAAGAUGAAUUUCGUAUAAAAAAAAUUAGGAGAUUUACUAAAAACUAAUGAUUAAAGUUAGAUUUGCACAAUCCUUAUACUUUUUGGGACGCUUUGUGCAUUAAUUUUCCUCUUGAUCUAUACCUGAUUUUGAAUACAUUAUAUAAUAAAAUGAUAGCAUACAAAUAAUAAUUGAAA